AUGGCGAAAAAGGGAUACGUAAUAGAAGACUGUGUGAUUGAAGAUCGCACUACAUGUUCUUCCACUAUACAACUUUACUUCACUUUACUUUUCUUCACUUUACUUUUUAUACAACUGGAUGACUUGCUAACCCAACUAGAGAGUGGAAACAUUUACAGCUUCCAAAAUCUUAGCGUGAAGAAUUAUUCAGGAAUGACAUUACUGGGUACCACACCAACAACAACAUUCCAAAACGUAGACCUCCAACUAACUGAAGUAAAACGCCCACAGCUUCUUUCAAAUACUGAGAAGGAAAUUGUUAUCCAAGAAUUCAAAUUUGUUGAUAAAGUAAAUGUCUUCAUGACAAGCCAGAUAAAGUCUUGCAAGAAAAAAAUGCCACAUGCAGUAGGCUCAACUGUUCUAAAAUGCACUUCAUGUGGAACUAGUAAAAAAGUUAAAGCGGCAGAAAACGGAAUGUCUGCACGCCUUUGCGCCGAAAUAGACGGAAAAGAUUGCUGGUUUACUACUCUGACAGAUGUCAUGGAAAGCUUAUUGUCCAGAAUAAGCCUUACCAGACAUUCCAACACGGAUCAAAUAGCGGAAAGAUUACUUCAAAUUGAAAAUAUUAAAAUGAAAAUUAAUACACAGUCCAAUCACAUAAUCAAACUUCUAGAGAAUACUAAAUAG